AGAUAAAUGGCUGCAAAAUGUCAUUGCAGUGUAAUGCUGAGAAGGAAAUAUACACAAACAUUUUUGUCAGAACAUAGCCGUCGUCUACAAUAUUUAACUUGGAUGACCGGUAUUUGGUGCUUAAAAUAAGCAUUUGCAAUAUGGCCUGUGCUCUCCCUGAACAAAGUUUGUCCAAAAACAGUCCUAAAAACAGACAUCGGCCAUCGAAGGAGAAUUGGCGGACUGUAAAGCUGUUCAUCACCUCGUAUAAUGAUGACUUCUUUAGUGAGAGGGAGGUGUUACGUAAGCAGGUUCUACCAGAUCUCAAGGCUUGGUGUGAAACAAAGAAGGUCAGACUGCAGGAAUGCUCUGUGAAAUGGGGAGGUCGUCAUCCAGACAAACGUGACAUGACUGAUUUGGAGAAAAUACAGACUGCUAUAGAAAACUGCUAUUACAACAACGUUAUGCCACUAUUUAUUAACUUAACCAGUGAAUCCCUGGGCUGGAUACCCAUGUGGGGAGAAUAUGACGACGAAAUGGUGGAGGAUUUCCUGGAAGCAUACGGUCUGCUGGUCGAAGACUUGGAGGUCAUGUACGGCGCUUAUAGGGAGGACAAUCAUAACUCAUUAUUUGUGAUCCGUAGUGAUACUUUUCUGGAGUCAGUUCCAGAGGAGGAAAAAUGUAACUUUGCUUACCGUGCAAGAGCUUCUGACAGACUACAGGAGAUGGGCUACAAAAUAACAAAGAAGUUCCCACUAAAUCGCUUCUUACAGUAUUCCUGUAGAUAUAAAGGAUUGGACAGUAAGAAGAGGAAGCCGAAGGUUGAAGUGGAUGAUUGUUUCAGAAAGAGAAUACUUGACUUUUGUAAGGAACGGAUAUCCAUAGAUUACUGUGGGGAAUUCCCCACCUCCAACAAUCCUUACACCCUGAGUAAACAAUCUCAGAAUACUUUCCUGAAGCGAAAGAGUGCCAUGGUGAUUGGCAGAGAGGAUAUCCUAGACAAAAUUGAAGCAUACAUAACCCACGAAGAAAAAGAUGUUCCACUGUUGUUAUUAGGGGGACCAGGUAGUGGAAAGUCCUCCAUUCUCUGUAAAGCUGCGGAGCUUAUCUCCAGUAAAGCUCAGAAGCGACAGCUUGCAGGGUGUGCAGGUGGUCAGUGGCACGUGUUCUAUCACUUUGUUGGAGCCGUGCCAGGCUCAACCACACUGGAGCCCAUGUUAAAGCGUCUAUUGUCUGAGAUGGAAGUCACCAGUGAGUCCAGUAUGCCCAAGAACUUAGAGGCGGCAGCACAGAUGGUCUGCAGUCUACUAUCAAACCCCAACACUAAACCCCUCAUUAUCUUUGUUGAUGCCCUAAAUCAGGUUGCCGAAGAUCAAGCAGCAUUAGUGAUGAGUUGGUUGCCACGGAAACUGGUCCCUCAAGUGCGAUGUGUCUUCUCUCUCAUAAAUGACACACCACAACAUUUAACACUGAUGAGCCGAGAAACCAAGCCUCUUGAGUUACAGAUUACCCCUCUUGAUAUGCAGUCUAGAAAGGGUAUAAUUGAGGAGAUGCUGGGCCGUUACCGCAGAUCACUCUCAGAGAGUCAAGUGGAGAAACUGCUGGCUAAGGAGUCUUCCGAGAACCCACUGUGGUUGUCCGUGGCCUGUGAGGAGAUUCGUUUAAUUGAUGACUCUAGUGUGAUAGAUUCCACCAUAGAUAACCUCGCUGAUGGACUACUUAAUUUAUUAGAGCAACUGUUGACUCGGUUUGAAGGAGAGAGGGGAGGUCACUUAAUUGUGGCAACGCUAUGUUUACUGGAAUCGUCUAAUGCGGGUCUGCUAGAGUCAGAGUUGAGACACAUAUUGGGCAAUGAGGCCACCCUCAUGCCUCCCUCACCUUUUGAUGAGAAAGAGGAGAAAGAGACAUCUGAGAAGGAGAGCGUCAAGCAGAGCGGACUGCUGACAGAGUGCAAGUGGAACCGAGUGUUCUCCACACUGAAACCCUUCUUGAGGCCGUUUGGGGAGAGCACGGAGGGUCGGCUUGACUUCUAUCACAGAGCCCUGAGCAAGGCUGUCAGGAAAAAGUACUUCCAGAAGCCCGAGGAUGCUGGUGAUGCGGAUGUGGAUGGUUGUGCUGAUGCCUUCUACUGGUGGCACAAAAAACUGGCAGAUUUCUUUGAGGGUGUGGAUAAUGUUGACAGGCUGGUGGAGGAGUACCCUUACCACCUAGUGUGUCUAGAGGACAAGUAUCGACUGGCCAAAUGUUUAUGUGACUGGAGUGUCUUUGACAAACUUUACCAUGAGGAGUUCAGUUCACAGCUUCUUGUCUACUGGAGAAAGGUUGGGUCGUCCUCCGAAAUGGUGGAUCAUUACAAAGUGGCUUUGUCGGCCCUGGAGGAGGAUGUUGCCAUCAAUGAGGAGCUGCUAUCCAUCAGAUACGAGAAAGUUUGCCGAGUUGUAAUACAAGCAGGCAAAUACCUUGAGGCCCUAGAAUUGCUGAAGACGGCCAUGAAGAUUGAGGAGCGGGAACUGGGGGCACGCCCAUACAGGAUGGUGGAGCUCUACGCCCUUAUGGCAGAGAUUUAUGAUGAGAAACUGAAGCUGAGCGACUUUGUGUCACCAAGUCAGCUGCCAGACUUGAGGAAAACCAUCACCUACGGCAGGAAGUCCAUAAGUUUGAGGAAGCAGUUCUCUGGAAACUACCACAGGUUUAAGCUGGCCAUGUCGCUGAUGAGGCUGGCCUUCAGCCUGGAGAGCUGGGAAGCCUGUGGAGGAGCACCAGAGAUGACAGGGGAGGAGGCACUAGCAGAGGGUAACAAGUACAUUGACAUGGCCCUCAAGAUAUUCCAGGAGCAGCUGAAUGACAUGGGUCAUUAUGCAGAGGCUCUGAUGACAAAGGGUGUCCUUGCACCUAGGGGCAGCAUGGAGCAGCUAAAGUACUACAACCAGGCUAUGGACCUAUGUAUGCAGAUCUACGGUGAGUACCACAUCCUGACUUCCCGACUCUACAUCAACAUUGGCAUUGUGUACGAGGACAAUGGGGACUACAAAAAAGCUUAUGAGUACUUCAAGAAGUGGGCUCGUGUGAGUGAGGAGAUACUAGGGCCUGAGCACCCUAAGACCCUGCGGGCUAAGGGCGUCCUGAAGGAGCUAAGAUACCGGCAGAUCGCGCAGCAGCUAGGGGAGUGGGAUUAUGAGGAGCACGGGCAUCAGAGUAGUGCAAACGAUGAUGACGACGAAGAUGUGGACAAUGGAGAGAUAAUUGAUUAUUAUGACGAUAUUGUUCAGGCCUGGAACGACAUUCACCUCCAUGGGGAUAAUAAUCUACAGGCUGAGCUGAACAACCAAGAUAACAACGAGAACUUCCCCAAUCCUCCAGUAAGAGAGGUCGCCAUGAAUGCCAGCAACGAGAACAAUGUGGAGAUCGCAUUAAAUGGCAGCAAUGCCAACAAUGUGGUGGACAGUAAUGUGGCAAACAAUGAUCAGGAUGAUAGCAGCAGUGACGACAGUGACAUAAAUGACCACGGAGCGUUGAUGAACGGCUACUACGAUGAGGACCGUGAUAAUGUUGACGAAGGCAAUAAUGAUGAUAAUGAAUUUGAGGACAAUGAUUUGUCUUAUGAUGAUAACUUUGAAGAUUAUGAUGAACAAUACAUACUUCACCUGGACAAUGAGCCUGUCAUUGACGAGUUUAAUGUGCAGGGUUUGGACUAUGGUGAUGAAGACUGUGAGAUUGUAGAAAUGGCUGAACGCGACGUCAUUUACAAUUACCAUGACAACCGGUAUGCCAGUGACCGGUCAGACACAAACUAACACUCUGUUUCUGUGCUAAGACUGGUUUGUGUAUACAUAUGUAUGUCUAAAACAUGUCGACAUUUAAUUAUUGUUAGGUGUAGAUAGUUAGGAGAUACCUCGUUAAGCUUGCAUUAUUGACACAUUUCUUGGAUAAGUGAAGAAUUUGUACAUAUUUCCCAAGACAAGGAGUUUCAGUUUUCAAGUUUUUGCCGUAAUAGUGUAAGUAUGAUAUUAAUCAAAGCCAUGUACAAACUGCCAGACAAACACUUAUACAUCUGGAGGCAUCUGCAAACUAGCAUUUGAUUAUCAUACUAGUAUUAUAUGAGACUUUAUACAGAAUACAGGAAUAGAGAAGAAAAACGGUAACAGUUUUUCUCGUCUUUCCCCUGGUCUCAUGAUGCAGACCUGCUUUACAAGUGAAGAAGGGAGGCAGAAGGAAGGGACGGGGGUUUAAGGGCCCUAGGUUUGCUGUUGCAGCAGUCGUCAAUACUGCAUAGUAAACUAACUUGUGCACAAUAUUUUGCUGUCGCUAAGAGAUUGUUUCUGGGUUUGUGUUUUUUCGGGACCCUGUGGUGAAUGCUGAUUGAUUUUCAUGUACACAAAUUUCUGGCCCACUUUCACUUUUUUCUAUUUCACUUCUUACAUCAUUUCCAGAAAACAAAUUGACAAAAGAGAUGUUCAAAGUUGUGCCACAGUGUAUGCUGUGUGAAUAUAAAUUUAAGUGUUUCUUUAGUAUUUGGUAGUCUUCAAAGCAAUCUCAAAGAAACCAGCCCCACCCAUCUUCUCAGAGAAAUUAAGGUUGUUUGCUGGUGACAUUUUGGUGGCAAACUUUAACACAUGUACACUGCAUGUCACUGCAGGCUGUUUUAUGGCAAUAUCACACUGGGUUACUUUAGUUGUAAUGUUAUCUAGAUGAGCAUCGGCAUGACAUUACAGCUACAUUAUCGCAACAACUACGUUGUAACAUUUUGUAGCUUUUAGAGGCCUGUGCCCUGUAUUCAUGUCAAAAAGCCAACAGGAAAUAACUCAAAUUGUGGAUAGUACAUUGUUCUGCAGUAAAGAAUCAGUUUACAAAUUUUAAAUUGUUUUAGAGGAAAACAUUUUAAUUGUCGCAGUGUUUGAGUUUUUGACUUAUGUACUAAGAUAUUUGAUAAGUAUGGGCCGCUGUUCCACAAGUAGUGGUAAGCUACAUUAAAUCCAGCUAUGUGGACAGAUGCCACUAUUCGCAGUUAACCUACACGCAAUGCAACUGAAUCUGGUUAGUGACCGCCAAAUGCUAACGAUUGCUCAAAACUGUUGAAGUCAAAUGCUUUAAUAGGAUUGCAAGUGAACACAUAUGCCAAGCUUUUGUCUCCUGUGUUGCCCGGAUUGUUACAACCAACUGUAAACACAUUUGAUUGUUUGCUGGAAUAGGAUCCUGGAAAUUUGUUGAUGUUCCCUGGUUAUAUAAAAUUUUGUAGUAAGUUCAUGGUAGGAUAUUAACAAAGUUAAAUACAUUUGAAUUAUGUAUGUAUUAUUUCACUUGAUGAUUUUGACAGUUAUAUGUUUUUUGACCCACCAGGUGUGGAAGAUGUUGUUAUAUUUUGUACUGAUUGAGUACACCCAGACUUGUGAUGAAUGUUUCACCAAUGGUACAUGUAUCAAAAGAGCCAAAAGCCAGUUGAAUUUCACCAGCAAUCUGGCUUGAUCCCAUCCGUACAUCCCUGAAAUUGCUUCCAUUAGAGAGUCAAUGUUUGUCAGCACCUUACAUCCCUUCGUCUUAGGAGAUGUUUUGUUUUUGUACCCUUUAGCCUAAUCGGUGUAUAAAGCCCACCAUUAUUUUCAUGUUUGCUAAUUUCUUUAUCUCUGAUCCUGUCUGGAUAUUCUGAGGCUAGUUCCCCAAUUACCGUAUUAUUGUUUUUCCAGCAAAAACUAAUGAUGUUAUCUAAUUUUUUUCGAUCUCAAAUUUUUACUCACUAGUUUUUUCUCACAUCGUCGAUUAUUAAGCUUGUCAUCCAGACUUGGCUAAAGCUGAAGUUACCAUUGGCUAAAAUUGAGCAUGAUGUCUACCAUGAGUAGUAUAACCCACACAUCUUAAUUAAAGAGCUACUAAUCUGGGCAAAAUGGGCCUGAAUGUUUAUACAGGGUGCCUUCUGGAAUAGACAGGGUUCAGUUUUUCAGAGAGAAACAGUGGUUUAAGAAAGGUGGAUCCAAAAGUUAAUUAUUGAUUGUUUUCCCAUAACUUGGCUGAUGUGACUUUGAAUGAGGCAGACACAGCUUUCUUGUUAUUCAGUUGUCAUGACGCCAAAAUCAUAUCAUAGCAUUGGGUAGAGUGGCUAUGUAAAUCAGCUAAGACGUACGGCUUGUUCCUGCGUUAAGUGAAGUCAUCAGACAUCAUUGGAAACGCACACAGUACAGUUUGGAUAUACAAACAAUACUCCAAGAUUUCACUCAAGAAAUAUAUUGGUGCUCUUCAAAUUGGCUGAGGUCCUCAAUCCUAAUCAUUUAAAAUGUAAAGUCUUUGAAACUGAAGUAGCUCUUAAUUAUCACAAUGUGUCUGAUUAGUAUUGCUCUCCUGUAUGUAUUUUUUGCACGCAACAUAGCAAUAGGCAUUGGGUGCCUCUGUGGCUCAGUUGGUUAAUGCGCAAGGGCAGUGUAAUGACCCAGGAGCCUAUCACCAAUGCGGCCGCUGUGAGUUUGAGUUUAAGGGCUCUGCUCAGUUUCCUCCCACCAUAAUGCUGGCUGCCGUCAUAUAGGUGAAAUAUUUUUGAGUACAGCAUAAAACACCAAUCAGAUUAAUAAACAAAUGAAUAGCAAUGGGCAUUCAGUCAUUUCUGACAACCAAAGUUUUGGUGAGAAACACCAUUGGUGAAGAGCUUUCAAAGAAUAAGUUAUUUUCUGUUUUUAGGAGCUCGUUGGAUGACCAGAGGCCCUUUAUUGUAGCUGAUGACGAUUUUGUGACUCGUGUAUCUGUGUACAUAGCCACUAUUCAAAAACUAUGUAUUAAAUGAUGGGUAGUUAAUGCAUGUACAUAGCCAGUAUUUGUGUAUGCAUACAUUAUGUAUAUAUUACCAGUGUACGUGUAGAUCUUGUAAUCCAUCAUAGCUGUACAUGUAUAGCCUACACUGUACGUCCAUUUUCUUCUGGGAGAUAUUUAUUUAUUAUUGGCUGAACUACACACUUACGUAUUACACUUUAUGUAUGGGUCUAUUUGUAAUGGCAUCUAUGAAUAAGCCAACUUCAUACCUUGGGACAUGGGGAUUGAGGGAGGGGCUUGCAGAAGGUGACACGGCAUGAUUUUGCAGGCUUAAUGACUGGCUUUCCAACCAGCACGUGAUCAUGAAUCAGUGGACUUUCAGUAUUAAGUUUUCUUGAUCUAAUUUACAUAAACUUCCAUCAGUGCUUAUAAGUGCUUAGUCUAAUGUACUUUUUUUUUCCCUUUCAUUGAUAAUAAUGGUGAUGAUAUUGUUUCAUUAUGUCACUAGAUGCAGAUGGAAAAAAACUAGAUUUGCCAGCCUUUUGAUGGGGCCCUAGUUUGUAUAAUUGUGUAUUUUUUAAAAAACAUACAUGCAUAAUGCCCACGACUUCUGUCUAGAGCUUUAUUUUUUGUUUGUCUACACAAUUCAUGAUCUGGUGUUUUAGAGAGUCUUUUAUUGGCUUGAAAGAUAACUCUAACAUGUCCAGGACAUAUCUAAAUGUGCAGUUUUGACCUGUAUCAGAAUGAUGUGGCCGUUUAAAAUGACAUGACUGCUUUUCAACACAGUAGGGUAAUUUGCCCAUAUUUUAUCAUGGCAGUGUUCGUCUUAAGACAAAGCUACCAACAGAAUAUCACUAUUUUUGCAAUAUUUUGAUCCCUAAGUCCAUAUAAGAAGAUAAUUCAUACAGUUAAUAUAAUCCUAGUUGUAACUGCAAAUACAUGUAUACUAUAAGUUACGAAAUAAGGUUCAAGCAGCUAUGCUGGAAACCUUGUUGUUUCUCAUUAUUAUUCUGUAUUCCUAGAAUCCAUUAUGACUGCUGUAGCCGGGAAUCUGAAAUUAUGAUACAUGUAUAAUAGUAUCUAGGUAAAAUUGUACCAUUAGACCAAUAAAAUUGGCUACAUUGGAUCAAAAAUCCAGAAUUUGCCCAAAUAUGCCAUUUAAAGACUAAACUGAAGCUAACACAAAUUCGUUUGGGACAUGCAGUUUGAUGUCCAUGUUGGAUUACAACAUCAAACACAGAAAUCCUCUAAACAUCUCUCUGAGAACAGGGCACAUCCUAUUGAAACUUAUUGUUUAACAAUUGCUACACAAGGCACAAAGAUAUAUGAAAGCUAAAUUUUCUUAGUAUGCCAAAACCUCAACCUUCUUGUGUAUGAAAGAGCAACUUUCAGUGCAAUUUAUGCAUAUUUUUAAUUUGAUUUGGAGACAAAACUACAGUGGAUGGAUUAGCCAUUCUCUGAACUUCACAACAAGUAUUUUCCAGUCAACACAGAAUAAAGCCUUCAGAAUAUGCUUGAAUAAACACUGUGAAAAGGUUGAAGAAUUACAGUAAGUAUACUUACAGGCCAAUGAAAAUGCCUCAGAAUAGAAAAAAAAUUAAUGUAUUUGAACAGAACAGUAAUGUUCCAGACACAGCUUGAUAAUGCACAAAAUGUGAUUUAAUUAAGCCUGAACAUCAGUGAAAUAAUAGAUCCAUAUACUAGUAUCUACUGUUACUGGACAUGAAACAUUGGUUAACUGUACCAGUUAACAGUAAACACACCCUGUGAUAUGGCCUGUUUUUAACAAUAUGCCUUUGGAUUUGAAGUUUAUAUUAAAAGAAACUUAUUGAUCUAUUCAAGUAUGCUAAUGUAUAUCUAUGUACAUUGUAAAUGGAUGGCUGCAUGAUAUAACUCCUAUUAGUUCCAACUAGAGACUUCUAUAAGUAAACACAACUGUCAAAAUAUAGAUCUCUCUAUACCGUUAUGUAUAUAUGUAGGCCUACAGAUCAUAUAUGCUUUGUCAGUUUAGUACGGUGAGGGUGGGGCUGGGGGUGUAGGGGGAACUAUAAUUAUUAUUACAUGGAUGUCAUUUUGCUGCUUCUACUAAGAUAUAAUGACAUAUAUUGAUAACUUGUAUGUAAUUAUUGCACGCUGUAUGUGUAGAAAUGUAAGGCCCAUCUAGCUUUGGUGUGUUCUAUCUCAACACUGUACAUGAUGCGUGCGUGGUGCGUGCUGCCUACCUCUCAGCUUCAUGAACUCUUCUGUACACGAGGGUAAAAAACGUGAAUGAUCCAGAAAUCCAAGCGCUGUGUAAAAUGAAUAACUAUUUUAUGUCUCCCAAGCGAGCCUGGUGAAUAAGAUAGUCAGGAAGUCAGAUACCAGUAUGUUUAUUUGAGUGAAUGAAUAAAUAUUGAAUUCACCGUUCUUAAAUAUAUUAAUAUAUAUAGUAGUCAGAGAAAGUGGCAAUUGAAGGUCUUGAGAAGUAUGAAAUACACACAUUUGAGAAAUUAGUAUUGUUUUCUGAAUUCUGUUCUUAGUGCAAGGCACUUUAUAGCAUUUUGAUUGACAAAUAUUGACAUGUAGUUUUCUAUCCUGCAGUUUAUUAUGUGAAGUUGCUUAACAAGGAGUACUUUUUGUACUGUGUUUCCUUCUUACUCAAGCAAAUUGACUCCUUAAAUCAUAUUAGCUUACCUGGGCUUAGACUUCUGUAUGUGAUGAUGUCAAAUUAUUGACUAGAGAAA